AUGUUUUCAGUUUUAACAGGACAUUACGUUAUUUCACGACGCCGGCGUACUAGCAAAAUAAAAGAAAUGCAGUUGAUUAUAAAUACUUAACUGAAACAGUUACUUUAUUACUCAUGAAAUAUGGGAACGCUCUAUGAAUGUUUAAAAGAGGCAAGAUUAGAAAAAUAUUAUCCAACCCUUAGAGUGAAUGGGAUUACAAAAUCUGAAGCAUUAGCACGACUGACACCACAAGACUGUGCAGCUAUAGGUAUUACUUCCCAUGAAGACAGACGACGCUUAGUUGAACUUAUCAAUAUUAUUAAAUCAGUUCAUACUACAGAGCCUUCCAAUUUGUCUGCUGCCAGACCAAAUAGUCACAAUCCAUCACCAAGGAAACGUAACAGAAGUCCAUUGGUUUCAGGUAAUCGUGGGAGAGGUGAUCAAGCAUUGCAUGCUGUCAGUGAUGUCAGAGUUCAUGAACGACCAAUUAACCCACCAAGUCAAACAAGUCGUGCAGAACUUUUAAGGUUAUUAGCAAGCUCAGAAUCUGAUUCUUCAUCAGAUUCAUCUGAUCAUUCAGAUUAUGAACCAGCAACCAAACAUUUAAAUGCAGCAUCAUCACCCCCUAGAGUAAGGAGAUCAGUUGUCAACCGCAUCAAACAAAAGGGAUAUAAUUAUGGUGUUCCAUCAAAUGCACCAAAUACUCCAACAAAUAGUAAAAGUAGAUCUAGAACUAGUCAUUCUAGAACUAGUCAUUCUAGUGCUAUAGAAAGAAUUAAAGUUUGUGUAAGGAAAAGACCUAGAAAUAAACGUGAAAUAAAGAAUACAGAUGAUGACAUUGCUAAAGCAGAAAGUGACACUACAUUGACUGUUAAUGAACCAAAAUCAGCUGUUGAUCUGAGAGCAUACACUCUACAGCAUGAGUUUAUAUUUGAUGAAGUAUUCAAUGAAAAAUGUUCAAAUGAAGAUGUUUAUAUAAGGGCCACCAGACCUCUUAUUAAUUGUGUUUUUGAAGGUGGGACUGCCUCAUGUUUUGCUUAUGGUCAAACAGGAGCAGGUAAAACUCAUACAAUGAUGGGGAAUCAGGAGGUUCCUGGACAAUAUUUACUGGCAGCUCAUGAUAUCUACUCAAUUAUAGACUCCAAACAGUAUGGAUCUGGUCUUAAAGUCUGGGUCAGCUUCUUUGAAAUCUACUGUGGACAGCUCUUUGAUCUCCUCAAUAAAAGAAACAGAUUACAAGCCAGGGAAGAUGGUUCUAACAGGGUCUGUAUAGCAGGACUGACAGAGACAGAAUGUAAAGAUGUUCAAGCAUUAAUGCAGGUAAUAGAUUAUGGCAACAAUGCACGAAGUAAAGGUGCUACUGGAGUCAAUCCAGACUCUUCGAGAUCUCACGCUGUUCUACAGCUCGAAGUACGCAACUCAUCAGACAAAAGAGUUGGAAGAAUAUCAUUUAUUGAUUUGGCUGGUAGUGAGAGAGCUUCAGAUGUAACUGACACAGACAGACAGACACGUCUUGAAGGGGCGGAAAUCAACCAAAGCUUAUUAGCUCUAAAAGAAUGUAUUCGUUCUAUAGACCAAGAAAGUAAACAUAAACCAUUUAGACAAAGUAAACUGACACAUAUACUGAAAGAAUCAUUUACAGGGAAUUCUAAAACAUGCAUGAUAGCUAAUAUAUCUCCAACAAAGUCAUCGUGUGAACAUACCCUUAACACUCUCAGAUAUGCUGACAGAGUCAAAGAAUUACGUAAACAAGGUAUACCAGCAGGAUCAAGAAGCUCUGUUUCUAGUUCCUUACUUUUAAAUAUUCCUCCAUCUGGAGGACCGUCAGUCUUUCAUCCAAACAAUAUUCUUUGUUCGUCAACUCCGGUUAGACAUAAGACUACAAGGCACACAGGUAGUCACAGAGGAGCAGAUAGGGGAUCAGAUAGGGACAAUCGAGGGUCAGAAAGGGAUUUUCAUCUGGACCCUAAUGAAACGCCUAUAAAAGGACUUGGUGUUAAAAGAAAAACUGUUAACAAAAGUGCUACCAAACCUGCUCAACCUAAGCCAACCCCAAGUGUUCCAACCAGAACUUCUGUAGUUCGACAUGUGGCUCGUAGUUCCUCAUCUCAAAGUGAAUCAGAUCAUAUUGAUUCAGAUUCAUGUAAUAUAGACACAAAUGCUAAAACUGUAAAACCAGCCACAGCAAGUGGUCAAAAUGUUCCUGUAAUAAAAUCUACAGAUACUGAAAAUGAUUUUCCUACAACCGAUUUCAACAACGAAGAAGAAUUAAAUGAUUUAAACAGAAGUAGUGGUAAAUAUGGAACUCUUCAAGUAUCUAGUGCAAACAAUCCUACAUCAGGAUCAGCCCUCAAGCUGUCCACUGCUGGGCAUCCUCUUCCUGUUGUUGAUUGGAGUUCACAUGGGGCAAUACCUAAAUAUACUGGUUCACAAUCUUCACAAGUGUCUUCUUCAUCUGUUGCUCCAGUUUUACGACAGAAAGUAUAUAAAGAUCCAGGUGAACAAGAGACUAAUGAACCAUAUGUAUCUAAUGACUUGUCACAAAAAAAGUCAGGUCCUGGGAAUAAUAUAACUCCAGCAGGUAACAAUCUAUCACAACCUAAAACUGACACAAAAUCAUCUUCUGCUGCCGUUACAACACCUCGUUUGUCGGAUUCUUCCCCACAACAUCAUAAUCAAUUUCAACCUGUAUUGUCAGAAAGUUUUGAGGAUGAUAUGUUAUUUGAUAAACCUUCUUUUCAAUCCAGUAUAUCUCAGAGAAUACAAAGGACCCCAUCCAAUGGUGAUAAUGGGCUGAAUAAUUUGGGUUUAAGCCGUGGACGAGAAGUUCAGUUAAAAACACCUCAGGACCCAUCCGUUCAUCCUAUUUUACCUGCAGUCAUGCCAGCAAAAAGCAGCGACUUGACCACAUUCUCACAAAGGUCCCCAGCAAGAUUUAAAAGUCACUUUGAACAACCAGAUUUGGAACCUCCUCCGUUUCAGCUGGCUCUAGUAAACCCUACAGAGAGUCGUCCAAAAAUUGCUAGAACACCACCCCUGAUCUUGACACAAUCUCAUGCCGAGUCUCAAGGAUUUCAUCGUCCGAAUGUUGACAUUUCUUCUAUUUUAGAAGGUGUAAAUGAACAUAGAAGAUUGCAGCUUGAUAUGGAGGCUAAUGCACAAAAAAUACAUGGAGAGCAUAAUCCCCAAAUUGAGAGAAAAAACUCCAGACCUGACAGAAACGAGUCUCCAUCAGAGCAGCUGCCAUUAGAUAUAUCUCCUUUGUCAACAAAUCAAUGGUACCAAACUCCUGCUGACUUUGCUGUUCAUAUAGCUACCUCAAUUCAAAAGUCUGUUAAUAUCAGCACUGAUCAACAUAGUGACUACGAAGAUACACAAAAACCUGAAAGAAACAAUAAUAAGUAUGACAAGUAUAAUUUUGCUCCUUCAGAAGAAAAUUCACCGUUCUUUCGACCAGUUGCACAAGAAUUUGAGGAAACGGGACUUAAAACUGUUGAGGAUAAUUUAUCAGAAUUCUUACCCAUUCAGAAAAGACCUGGGAAUCAUGAUAAGCCAGCACAAUCACUUAGUGUAGCACACAAAGAUGUUGCCAGCCGUUUAAAAUCAGCAUUUUCUAAAAAUGAACCUAAUAAUACAAGGUCAAAACCAGCACAGAAUAAUUUAUCAGGGCAUAGUGACAGUGGACUGGCAACAACAGUUUCAAGUGAUAACACACAUAUUGGGUCACCUAAAAUGUUGAAUAAUCAUCAUUCUAAACCAAAACCUAAGGAAAACAGUGCCUUAAGUGACUCAGAUUUAUAUAAAAAUGCUAGGGACUCAUUACAUCAUGUUAAAAAAGGAAGGCAGCCAAAUUCAAGAUCUCCAGUAAGUGAUAGAAGUACUGGGUCUACAGGGUCUAAAACUCCUGUCAGUCAAAGAAAUGUGUAUUCUCCUGUUAACCAGAGAAAUGUGUAUUCUCCCGUCAAUCAGAGAAAUGUUAAUUCUCCUGUUGGGAGCUCACGUUCAGUAAAUAAUGUUAUAAAGACUGAGAAAUUAAAUAAUGGUUCAGCAUUUUCUCCUAUACAUCCACAGCCAGUGACAUCAACUGCUUUGUCUAAAACAACUGUUGGGCAUUCACACAAGGAUAUAGUUCAUCCUAAACCUGUAUUGUCACCAUCAUCUUCUGAUCCCAGGUCAGUUGACACAGAGUCUCCUAGUUUGAGACAAAGAUUAAUCUCAUCACAUGAAGAUCAACUGGCUUCUGUAACCUCACUCUGUAAACAAGAAAUGAAACUUUUACUUGGUGCUAAAGCUGGACAAAAGACAUUUGAUGAAUAUAUUAUGCGAGUUAGUGGAAUACUAAGCCAAAAGAUGUCAGCUAUUCGUCUACUGCAAGAACAAAUUGAUGGCUAUGUAGCAUCCAAACUUCAAGAUGAAGAGAUCAGCUAAUUUUUGAUUCUCAGGGUUAAUAGCUUACAGAGAAGAACAGGAAUGAAUACAUAGUUAUUUUAUAUAAAAUGUUCGAAAUCUACUUUUUUAUGAUAUGGUUGAAAAGGCACAUUUUUUGUUUGUUGCUACAGAAACUAAUUAUAUAAAGGUUGUUAUUUUUUAAGUUUAAAAUGUUUGAAAUAGGCUAGGAUUUUCAAUUCUAUCAUUUCUUGUGAUGUUUACUAGAGAAAAAACAUUCAGUGAAUUUAGUAAGACGAGAAUGAAUGAAACUAAAUUCCAUUUUAUGAAUAUUGUCAGGUAAAUUUUCUACAUUGUAGUUGUAUAAGCCAUGGUUGUCUAUGUUUUUGUACUAAUAACAUUCCAGUUACAUCUGUGAUAGACCAAGAAUUUUAUUUACAACUCAAUUUAUUUAUUUGAAUAUUUUGUGUUAUUUAUGCAUUUUGUAAUGAUUUCAACAGAAAUAUUGUGUUCAAUGUAAGAACCUUAUGAUGAGAAAUAUUAUCCCUUUUUAUCCAAAGUGAGGAAACUUUGUCUCAUUCAAGCUAAGGAUUUUAUAUAAUGUGUUGUUACCCGGUAAUGUCUUUUUUUUUUAGAUACAAACAAAAAAGUUUUUUAUGUUGUAAAUGAUCAAAACAUAUAUUACAUGUUAUUCUAGUUGCAUGUUUUAAACAGGGAAAGAGUUUGUCCUUCUAUCCAUUUUGAUUAUCUGCCUAGACCCUCAGUCGAGGGAAAAUUAAUAUGAAUCCUGAGUACCAUAAAGUGGUUUAUUAUACCCC